GGUGAUACUUAGCAGCGUUCUCGGCAAACGAACAAGGACCACUCGAUAAAAAAAAAAGAUCAUUGCUAUCUUUAGGGUCGGGCGCGUGCGUGCAAUACAAUACCAUCGCGCAACGACUUUUAGUUUGCCUGUCUGCUCCGGUUAGGACUUGUUGUGUUUAUUUCGCGCGCCUUUUUUGAAACACUCGGCGUAGUUCUACUUGCGUCCUUGAGGUUGUAAAACCAGUUGCGCAAUUUCUCCAAACCCAAAUACCAUGGAUCAAUCCUCAUCAAAUCACCCUCAGUCGUCGAGGGGAGGAGGCGGUGGAGGGGCUCCUGGAUAUGAUAUAUCCCACGGAGGUCACUAUGGUGCCAGUGCAGCACUUGCUAAUUCCGGUUUUGCACCCGCCGAGCUCUACACGGGACCUUGGGCCAAUGUUCACCAGGGUUUACAUGGCCAGUACAAAGAUAUCCUAACGACCUACUGGCAAAAUACCAUCAACCACCUCGAAUCAGACCAGCAUGACUACAAACUACACCAACUACCUCUUGCUCGAAUCAAGAAGGUCAUGAAAGCCGAUCCCGAGGUCAAGAUGAUCUCCGCCGAAGCCCCCAUCUUAUUUGCGAAGGGGUGCGAUAUAUUUAUCACCGAGCUUACAAUGAGGGCGUGGAUUCAUGCGGAAGAGAACAAGAGGCGAACAUUACAGCGAUCCGACAUCGCCUCCGCCCUCGCCAAGAGCGACAUGUUCGAUUUCUUAAUCGACAUUGUUCCGCGCGAAGAGGCGAGUCACGCUAAGCGCGCUAACCCCGCCCAGGCGCAACAGUCUCAAGGCGGCGUGCCGCCCGCAGCCGGUAACCACAUGCCGGGAUCGCACGGGAUGCCCGGAGCUAACCACAUGGCCCCCGGCGACUACGGCAUGGGCAGCCACGCGAUGGGGUCCGACCAGGAAUACCGCGGACCGCCCAUGUAUAACCAAGUCCAGACCGGUCCCGGUCCUUACAGCCAACAGCCCCCCCAAGCCAUAUACGGAGACAUGGAAGGAAUGUACGGCUACCCGGGCAUGCCCCAGCAGCCGUAGGAGGUUAGCGGGGCGCCCCAGGAGCAUGAACAGGACGAUAAUUGCACCAACACCAAAGUUAAACGAGUUUACGGUGAGCCCUAGGAUGGUGAGUUCCGAAACGAGGGAUCUCGUCGUUUUAUAGAUCCAUUUUACAACUACUUGGGAUUUUGAGAAUUUUGCGGGGGAAGGGGGGCUGAAGGUGAAGAUGGAUGGGAAAUAUAGGAUCGGGAAAGGAGCGAGCGAGGGAUGGGGAUGGGGAUGGGAAACAGUAUCAUACAAAUUACAGAAACGACGAUCCGUGAAUAUUACAACAACCUACUACUACAACUACUAGGCGACAGACACAACGUUCUUCCUUUUCUUUUCCUUUUCAACAGUACGGCGUAGGGGAUUUAUAGGUCAGACACACUGGUUUUCUCUCUCUAUCUGCUGUUCAUUUACAGC